CGGGGGGUGGUACGGCCAGACAACACCUGCCGGAGCGUGGGAGAGCGGCCGACCCGUCACCGGAGGAGAGACCUGUUCGCUGAUUGCGUUCAGAGCUCCGCCACACAGGUCCCCGCUCAGUUCACGGGUAACUAGCAAAAGUUAAACUUAAUACCAGCGAGAAUUCGAAAUUUCACAAUGGCGAAUCGGGAAUUGCAGCUCAAUUCUGGAAUGCGGUGCGCCAAAUAUAUGCUCAUUAUUGUGAGCUUUAUGUUUGCGCUGACCGCCAUUCUACUCAUCAUGGUGGGAACUACGAUUCAGACGAUCUUUGGAGACUUUAGCCUCUUCAUCGAUGGACACUUUUCGUCGCCCCCGGCCCUGCUCAUUGCCAUUGGCUUCAUUCUUAUUGCUGUGGCCACUCUGGGCGCCUAUGGAGCCGUUAAGGAGAGUGUGAUGGUGAUCAACCUGUAUGGUGUUUGCCUGUUCCUGGUCUUCAUCCUGGAGGUGUCCGCAGCUAUUGCCGCCUUCGUGAUGCAGUCCCAGGUGAAGGGAAUGCUGAUCCGCACCAUGUACCAAGCCAUGUCCGAAUACAACAACGAUCCUUAUGUGAAAGCUGGUGUGGAUUUAAUGCAGUCUGAACUUAAGUGCUGCGGCGUUUACCAGCCCGAAGACUGGAAGGACUACUAUCCACCAAACAAGAACCUCACCCUGCCUGCCGACGACGUAGUUGUCCCCAACUCCUGCUGCGGCGAGGCGCCCAAAUAUGAGAUCGACGCCACUGAGGCUAUCUGUCUGCAGCCCUCCAUCUCUGGCUGCUUCAACAAGAUGGACUUCAUUAUAUCACAGAGCUCCAUGCUGAUUGCCACGGGAGCCACCACAGUGGCCUUCGUCCAGCUUCUGGGCGUUCUUUGUGCCUUCAUGCUGGCCAAGACUCUCCGCCGCAACAAGUCCAUCCGAGAGGCCCGUCGCUGGCAACUGCAGCAGAGUCUCGGCGUGCUCAUCUCCGGUGGAAAGAUGGCCCCGCCCCAGAACUCGGCAGUCACCGGAUACCAGCAGUUGGGCAACGGCGAACAGGGCAGCCAGGAGCCCUACACCUACACACCCCAGAGUCCCAGCGUGAACUAGACCCUCUGCGGCAUAUUUAUUCAUACCAGUAUAUACAUAAAUCUAAAGCACAUCCAAAGAGAUCAGUUUGUAAUUUAAAAAUUUUAAUUUGUUAACGAAACGAAAAAAUAAUAAAGCUUCGGUCCUAGGACUGUUUGCGCAA